AGUUAGUGUCUCAUGAAAUUGUUUGUUUCUUUAACUGCUAAUACUAGAUUGACCUCACAAAUUCUGAUUAAUUAGGACUGUUUAUCCCCACAAAAUUUUUAUGUUCAUGUGUUAGGUUGUUACUUAGUGUUGCUGGUUCUUGUCCCAUUGUAAUAAAAUGAAAGCUUUAACGCUUAACCAUUUGCUUGCUUCAGUGUUGGCACCGUUUUUCAGUCUUGUUGGAUGUUUUUAUUGUUAUGCUUGGAUCUAUGCUUCUUGUCGAUCACCGGGUCCUUCUUCUACUUCACUUUUGUAUCUUCUGCACCUACCAGUGACCUAGUGAAGCGAAAACUAAUCUUGCCGUUUUCUUGGGGUCAAGCUCUUCACAUGCACAACCUGCUGCACCUGCUAUGCCCUUCAUGUCUCCGGGUCUACUUAAUGUAUGGUUACAUGAUCCAAGAAUUAAGGAUAUAGCAAAGCAAAUAGAAAAAGAUCCAUCAUUCAACAAGAUGGCUGAGCAAUUUCAGCAGACUUUUGAUGUCAAACGACAGUAUUUUUUAACCAUGGAGCAGCAGGUUAUGCAAAACCCUCAGCUCAUGAAGAUGGCGAAAAGUCUUGGUACUUUCAUCAUGCAGAAGCUGCAGCAGCUUGAUGAGGAGGUUAAGGCUAUUAAGGCUGAGUUGAUGAGCAUGCAGAAGCAGCAGCAGCUCAAGCAGGAGGAGGUUAUGGCUGAGAAGGCUAAGUUGACGAGCAUACAGGAGGAGUCGCACCAAAUUGACAUGGUCUGUGAGGCUGCGAGGGCUGAGUUGAGGAGCAUACUGGAGGAGCGCCAGCAUGACGAGCAAUUUGAGGCUUUGAAGGCUAGGUUGAUGUACUUACGGGAGAAGCAGCAGGAGCAGCAGGAGUGGCAGCAGCUCAACAACCAUGCUAUCUUCACUAGGUUUCAGAGUGUUGCCACUGCUGAGCAGGAGGUUGCUGCUGAGAAGCAGAGGACUGCUGCUCUUGAGCAGAGGAUUGCUGCUCUUGAGCCGAUGAUUGCUGCUAUGGAGCAGGAGAUCUCCAUGGCUAAUGAUCACACCGAGCCCACGAGGACACGUGCUGGAGUCCGUGUUGCCGUUACCAUUGGCGUGUUUUCUCAUAUCUAUCGUUAGACCUAUCGUGGGCGGGUUGUGCUCACGUCAUAUUCUAGGAUGAGACGAGGCUUUGUACCCCCAUCCAUUUUGUAUCUUUUGUAAAUUAUGCAACAAGUUAUUGUAUCUAUAUAUUAUGUGG